AUGCUCUUUGCGGGCGGCCCGGCCACUGAAAGUCCUAGUAUGGUCGUUGCUCUUGAACUACGUGAGCCUAUUCGGUCGCCCCAUGAUAUCGACGGUACAGCCAGGAAGAAGCGCAAUGACGGCGCCCCGGGCCACAAGAGAUCCGUUUCCGGAAACCUUCUGUCGUGUCUGAGUUUCCUCAGCACAAACGGCGACCAGGACAAGACCGAUGGUGGCGAUCGAGAUGGGCCGGACUCUCCUCAUCGAGGGCGAGGUGCUAUGGCAGAAGCACAAGCUCUGGGCAAGAUAAAGAGGAAAGGGUACACCACUGCACCAGGGAUCUGUUGCUGGGGAUCGUGA